AUGAAUCCAGUCAAGAAUCGGUUCCGCUACCUUGUUGUAUUUCUUGGUCUCGCAUGUCUUACUUCUAUUCUUUCCAACUAUAUUAUCAUCAACUUCACAUUCAUUUGCAUGAAAGAUGACCCAACUGGAAUCGAGCUGUCUGAAAAUGGAACAACAUACAAUAGAUACGACUAUUCAGUUGCUGAGAAAAGCGCAAUCGUAUGGGCCGUCGCAGUUGGAACCAUUCUUGGCACUGGUCCAAUCAACUACUCAUAUGUUCGGUUUGGAGCACGUAUCCCAUUUUUCAUCGCUGGUAUGGUUUCUGCAUUUGCUACCAUUUUGACUCCAAUCGGUGCAUAUUUGGGAUUACCGUACCUGUUGGCCCUGAGAUUUGCACAGGGUCUUGCUUAUUCUGCUGACUUUGCCGCCAUUGGAAUCGUUUGUGUCCGAUGGGCUCCACUAACUCAAACAGGACUUUUUAUCUCGAUUUUGACAAGUUUCAGUCCUGCAGCCACUGUAAUGACAAACGCGGCAUCUGGCUGGUUGUGUAAAUCGUCAUAUGGCUGGCAGUCAGCAUUCUACGUUCACGGCGUCAUUGGAUUCCUCAUUUUCGCAGCGUGGCUCUAUUUUUACAACGACGAUCCGCAGUUCAAUAAGAAAGUGUCUGCAAAAGAACUAAUUACAAUUCAAAAGAAUAAAACACAAGCACACAUCGAAAGAGACUCAUUUGUUCCGUAUUGGGAGAUUUGCAAGAAUCGAGUUAUCCUAACUGUAUGGAUCAAUUCGUUCUUCGAAAUGACCACACUGAUUCUUCUGUUGACCUACUCUCCAAUAUAUUUCCGGAAAGUUCUCGACUUUAGCGUUAUCGAAACUGGAAUGUUGAUAUCGUUAUCAGCAGUAGCUCACAUGCCAGCCAAGCUGAUAUCUGGAUGGCUUUCGGAUCGUCAAUUCCUUUCUGAACGCGUCCGUAUGUGGUUCUUCAACACUUCUUCCGUUGGUCUAGCUGGAUUCAUGUGUGUCACAUUGGCUUAUAUUCCAGUGACCUGGAAGUACACAAGUGUAGUCAUGUUCAGUAUUGUUUACACUUUGAUGGGUACCAAUUGUGGAGGAUUCUACAAGUGUGGAACUUUUGCAGCAAGGCAGUACGCUCAUUUCGUCUUGGCUAUGAUACAGUUCAUGAAGUGUAUUGCUCUGUUUGCUGCUCCAGCCACUGUUGCAAUUUUUGUCUCCGAUGAAUCGUCUCAUACUCAAUGGGGAUAUGUUUACAUUCUCAAUGGUUCAUUGAUGUUCAUUGCGAAUAUUCUUUUCUUCCCAAUGGCAACCGACCAACCACAACCAUUCACGUUUGUAACCCGAAAGACAGUGGAAGAAGAAAAGAAGAAACGUCAAAUUGCCUAA